AUGAGGACACUCUAUGGUGGGUUUGACAAGGUUGGGGCAACCAAAACCGAUUUUAAAAAUUUUAAGAGAGAUCUGAACAGGUAUAUAUCUGAGUUAGAUGUUGAUAUGAUGAUUAAAUGGCUAUUGAGGAAGAAAAAUUACAUGCCAAAUUUUUCAAUGGAGUAUAUAACCACAGAAGAUGGUAUUUUAAGGGCGUUAUUUUGGGCUGAUGAGGAUGCCAAGAGGAAACUUUCGAUGUUUGGUGACGUUGUUUCAUUUGAUGCGACAUAUCAGCGUAACAAGUACAAAAUGAUGUUUGUACCAUUUACUGGUGUCGACAACCACAAUCGUAACGUUACUCUUGGUGCCGCUAUAAUAGGCAAUGAAACGGCUGAAACUUAUAGUUGGUUGCUUAAGGUGUUUCGUGAAGCAUUUGGCCGUGCCCCUCCGGUGAUUGUUACUGACCAAGACCUAGCCAUGAAGAAAGCUAUUGAAGAUACAUGGACUGAGAGUAGGCACAAGCUAUGCAUGUGGCACAUAAUGGACAAGCUUACUGUUAAGUCAAUUUAUCAGAUCAGGGAUACUUGGAUAUCGGCUUAUUAUCGCGAGAAGUACAUGUUCGGGCUUAUGCGUACCUCAUCUCGAUCAGAGAGUGAGAACCAUUUUUUUAGACAAUUUUGUAACCCGGAGUGUGCUCUUGUCAAAUUUUUGGGGCAUUUUGAUUCUUCUAUUGAAGCUCAAAGACAUGAGCAUAAGAAGAACGAUCAUGACACUAGAAACACGAACGUUGACAUAUGGGCGGUAGACUUCGUAUUGGAGGAUCAAGCGGCGAGUAUAUACACACGCACUAUAUUUUUUGAUGUCCAACUGGAGAUACAAAAUGGUCUACACAGAUGUGCUAUCGGAAAGUGGGAAAAGAUGAGUGACUACCUUAAAUUUUUUGUGAAGGAUUGGGAUCAACCAUGCACAACUUUCUUCGAGGUUAUGAUGCGGGAGGAUGAGAUGACUGUGUACUGUACAUGCAAAAGAUUCACACAGUUUGGGUUAUUGUGCUCACACGUCUUUUGUGUGCUUAGGAUGCUUGAUGUUAGGGAGUUUCCACAACUUUAUAUUUUACGACAUUGGACUCGGGAGGCUGUUCCCAAUAGUGCUUGUGGUGCUAUUUUAGGUAUGAAUGAGAGGGAUAAUCGUUAUAAUGAAGUUAACCACAUUGUACGUGAGAUCACAUACUCUACGGAGUCGGUUAUUAACAAGCUUGUUACCAACUUUGAUGCGUUGUGCUCAUUUAGGGAUCAUGUUGUUAACUUUUUCCAAACAGCUGAUGAGGCAGUAGUCAAUGCCCCACGCAAGAGUCGGCGUGAAAGGUUUGCUGAAAUUACCGGUAAUACACAACCAUCCAUUGUAACUGUUCGUGUUCUUGUUGGAACUGGAUACAAAGGUAUGGGUAAGCCUAAACGGAUGAAGUCUAAACGUGAAAUUGCGAUAAGCCAAAACACGUUUUAUUCAGGUUUACAUAGCCACUUAAUUAAGCUGUAG